AAGGAGUUGUCAAAAAUUUUCCAAAACGAAAAAGCAGUGGAAAGAAGAGUGCGAGAAACUACAUUUUUCGUAUAAAAUAUAAAAUAUCAGUUUUAACUCACUAUUUUUCAUAUCAAAAUUUUUAAGUCCAUAAAUUCAAUAAGCUUGUUGUUAUCUGUAUACUGAAAUUAUAAUAGUGGUGACAUAAAAGCGGUUAACACGCCCAGUCUAGGGAGAGGAACGACACUUCAGUGGAUCUUUCUUUUUCUUAUAAGGGAAGAGUUAGAAGAAACAUGAAGAUGGCGGAUAGCACGACGAUUCUGCGAAGAAACAGACCAGGAACAAAAGCGAAGGAUUUCUGUCGCUGGGCCGAUGAGCCGCUGGAAGAAAUGGACAGCACCUUGGCUGUGCAACAAUACAUUCAACAACUAAUUAAGCGUGAUCCAUCAAAUGUGGAGUUAAUUUUGACGAUGCCAGAAGCCCAAGAUGAAGGCGUCUGGAAAUAUGAACAUCUUCGCCAAUUUUGCAUGGAGCUAAAUGGGCUUGCUGUACGUUUGCAAAAACAAUGUUCGCCUACAACAUGCACACAAAUGACAGCCACCGAUCAAUGGAUAUUCUUGUGUGCUGCACAUAAAACUCCAAAAGAAUGCCCCGCCAUUGACUAUACACGCCACACGCUGGAUGGUGCUGCUUGCCUCUUGAAUAGCAAUAAAUACUUUCCGAGCAGGGUUUCAAUUAAGGAGUCAUCGGUGACCAAACUAGGUUCCGUAUGCCGUCGUGUUUAUCGAAUAUUUUCUCAUGCGUAUUAUCAUCAUGAGCCAAUAUUCAACGAAUUUGAGGCUGAAACGUAUUUAUGUCACCGCUUUACGCAUUUCGUUACGAAAUACAAUCUCAUGUCGAAGGAAAAUCUCAUUGUACCAAUCACUGCGGAGGAAAACGCAACGCCUGGCGAGAGUGAAGCUUAGAGCUUAAAGAUACAAAGUGUGGCAAAUGGUGUGAAAAUGUGAAUGUGGCAUACAAAAAAAAAAAACAAAUAGCAUCCAUACAUCCAAACACGAGAUGAAGAGGCAAGAAAAAAGCACAUUACAAAAGAACACAUAAUAGCAACAACAAAACAAUAAUAACUAGACAAAAUCAUAAAUAGAAAGCCAGUCAUUAAAUCAUUAUAAUCACGAAAAAAAAAUAUUAAAAAGGAGGAAUUAUGAAAUUAUUGAUAGAGGAGAAAUUUAAAAAAGAGAAUGUAUUCAAACAAUAAAGAAUGGCAAGUAAAUCUUUUUGAUAAGCAUAUUGGGAUAGGAAGCAGAGGAGAAAGAAAUGCACGACUCGACGAAAUGUACGUAAUAGAUGAAAAUGCGGCGCAACCGAAGACAGUCCUAGUUGUAGGACGACCGUAAGGCUACCAUUUAAUGUUAUAUACUGCAUAUAUAGUUUGACAACUGUUUAAUGCAAUUUAAAAUUAGUAUGUACACGUGCGGGAGUUUGCGUGCAUAUACUUUAAAUUGAAAUUAUGGAGGGCGAAUGUUUAAAUAUAGACAAGAAAAAAUAUUUAAUAACCAAUUAAGAAGAGAAAAAUGCAAGCAAGAAAGCAAAAAGGAAACGAAAAGCUGCUCUUAAAAUGGCAGCUAUGUUAAAAUAGUAUUCUUGUAAAAAAAAAUUCCUUUGGCUCAGUAAUAAAGCAGACGGUUAGUACGGUUUACUCGCACAUCCACACACAUACUAAUAUUAACUCGCUUGCAUCUAUCUAAUUGAGAUUGUUGUGCCAGAUAAUUAAAAUUGAAACGGCAUUGGCAUCAUUAAUAAACAAAAACAUUUGCAUUAAUUCUACAGCUGAAAUUAGUUUCAGUUCAGGUUUAAUUCAUCCAGGAAAAGUAGCGCAUGUCUGUAAUCUAUUAUCAUAUUUAUUAGAAAUCAUAUGUAUAUGUAUACUAUAUUAAAAAGAAAAAUGUGGAAUUCAACACAAAAUGUUUAUUUUUGUUUUUUUGCCUACAUAUUUUAAUGCGACAUACUGAUAACUAAACACAAAGUCGUAAGAAAAAUAUCUGCAACCACGAAUAUGGCUAGACUAUGAUUCCCCAAUUAAUUUCAAAUGAAAAUGAAGUUGUAAUUUUUUAUGUGAAGAUACAUAUGUAAAUAAAUACAUACAUGCAUACAUAUAUGUAAUUAGAAAUACUCAAAUAGAAAUUCCUAGGCAUCAAUGCAUCAAAGCCCAAACGCUUAACAUGCUUCAAGCCGCCAGACAGUCAAAACAUCAUUAGAUGCCUGUCCAUUUUAGUCCAUUCGAUAUUUUCAUUUAAAAGAAAAACCUUUUAAUAUUUUAAUUUGUAGCAAUUUACUUUCAAAAAUAGUUUCAUAAAUAACCUUAACUUAAAUAAACUAAAUUGAAACAAAAUUUAAGUAAACAGUAAAUGAUUAAACUUUGUAAUAUUCCAAAAAAAAAAAAA